AUGGACGGGCCACACGUGGACGUCACGGAGCCCAGCCUGCCGCUGGCCCGGAGGCGUCUGCCCCCUUGCAGCCUCUGCCGCUCCGCUGCUGCCCUGUCCGGUGCGGUGGAGCGUCCCGGCCGGGGGGUGGGCCCUCACCCUUGCCGCCCGCAGCACCAUCUCCUGCCUGGGGAGCGGCCACACCGCGGAGCAGAGGGGCUGCUGGGGGCCUGCGGGGAACCCGGGAGCAGCCCAGCCCGGCACCUGGCAGGAGGGGCCCGCAGGGCAGCCGGGGACCUGCAGCCGCUGCCCCACCCCCUGAGCCGUCGCGUCACAGGCUGUGCUGGGCCCACCGCCCGCCCCUCACCCUCAGGCUCGCGUCUGUCCCGAGUCUGCGCCAGCCCUCGUUCACACGAACGUCCCUUCCUCGUCCUCGGGGAGGCCCGUCCAGAUCACCCACCAGCUGCUCCUCCUGGCCCCACACCUCCCCCGGCCCUCACCUGUGUGCCUGGCCGUCCUGGUGUCUGUGCUGCCCCAGGAGGGAGACUGACCCGGGAAGCAGGAGCCCCUCGCCUGCCACCGCUGGGCCAGCUGCUGAGAGGACACCGGCCGGGAGGCAGAGCUUGUGUUGCCAGGCGCCCCGAAGCCAUGGCCCGGGUCCUCUGGACGGGCCUGGGUGUCUGCCCUGGCCUCCCUGAUGGCAGCCUCAGGAAGACGUGUCAAGUCCCAGCCCCCAGGACCUUCACGUGUGGCCUGAUUGGGAAGCCUCCUGUGCCGCCGCGGACCAGGUCUGAGCGGUCUCAUGGGGGCAGUCAGCGCUUCUCUCAGGCCCCCUUCCCCGGGCCCCCUGUCCGCCCCAGAAGACCGCUGACUCUCGCCAUCCGGGGCCUCAGGGAGCCCGUGGCACCCGCUGCAGACAGACCUGCAGUGGGCCAGGCCACAGGGACCAGCGAGACCCUCAGCGUGGCCUCGUGGGCAUCCCGCGGACUCUCCUGGGGCCCCAGAACAGGAUGCGGGGACGAGGCUGGGCCAGGGCCAGACCCCACUCUGGACGUCAGCCCCAGUCGGCCAGGUCAGAAGACUGGGCAGAGGGGCGGCCCCCGGUCCAAGCAAGAGCAGGCACCCCGGGUCCACUCAGCCCCACCCAACCGCCCCAGGUCCCCGCACUUUCCCUGCCUCAAGUCACGCCUGCUGGCCGGCCAGCGGUGUCCACCAGGCAGGGCUCAGCUGGCCACGGUGCGGGACAAUGCUCUUGGCUGGGGAGCGGUCAGGAGCCGCCUGGUGACCCGAGAAGAAGGAAACCCGAGCCCCGGCCCCUCCCUCCAGCGGCAUCUGAGGGUCUCAGCAGCCAAGCCCCCAAGGGGCCCCGGCAGCCCCUGCCGCCGCCGCCCGCCAGGCCCUGCACUGAGUGCCUGGCAGACGGCCAGAGCCAGGCUCGAGCCCCGGCCAGCGGCGCCAGGUCCCCGUGUCCGGCCCUCUGCCCACGUUCCCAGACAGACCCCGGCCCGCCCCUCGGCCCCAGAGGAGGGGCCAGGCAGCCUCCACGGCGAAGGCUGCAACGGUCCCGCUGCAGGGCCUGGUGCGGACGGCGGGGCCGGGGCUCAGCAGGAGUGGCCGUGGGGGCUGAGUGGCGGCUUCUGGAGACCCUUCGCUUCAGAGGCGGGGCUCUGCCUGCAAAGACCCUUCCUGCUCAGUCCUGUUCUCACACACCCAGGUCCUGCCAGCUGCCUGGAGGGGCUGCGGGCACAGGUGGCCGUCUCUCCUGGCCUGGCCACCGCCCCAGGGCCUGACGUCAUGCAGGAUUUGGAGGGCCUGAACAUGGAGCCCGGAGGAGCCAGCCAGCCAGCCCCGGCGCAGCCGUGUCCAGGUCCCCAGCCAUCCCGGCGAGUCCAGCUCCGGGCCCUGGGCAGCAGCCCUUCCCCUCCCAGGGUCUGCGGUUGUGGCCACAGCCUGACGGUCCGGCACGACAGCCUCUCCAGCUGGACUGAUGCCAGCAGGUCUCCCCGGUCACAGGAGUCAGGGGGUCUGGUCUGGCUGAGGACAGGGGCCCUGAUGGGGAGGGGCAGAGCCCUCCUGUCGGCCCAGGCCCACCCUGAGGGGACAAAGUCCCACCCAAAGCUGGGCCCUGGCCACAAAGGGCCAGCGUGUCCUGGCCGCGCCCUGAGGGCCUCACCAUCCCAGGAGGCCCAGCCCAGGCCAGCUCCUGUCAUGGCUGGGCGGCGGGGGGAGCAAGGCUGCGGAGCUGGCAGCUGCCCCCGGACCCGGAGAGAACUUCGAACUGUCCUGAGCCAGAGGCGCACAUUCCUGUCUGCACUCAAACCGGACAGCAGGCGAAGGGAGCGUCCGGCCCCCAGCUCGUCCGUCCUCUCCGUAUCGCUUCUCCUCAUCUCCUGUCUCCCGUCUGUCGCCCCGGCAAAGACCUCUGUCAUCACAGCCCUGCAGCGGAUCCGGGCAGCAGGCCCGCCCCUCUCAGACCGGGCCGGCACCACGAAGCCGAGCACCACCCCCGGGCCCCCGGGCCCCCGACGCCACCUGGGGGGGGGGGGCACCGAGGAGAGAGGUGGGGACGGGUCACAGCCCAGCCCGCAGCCGCAGGGACGGGCGCCCGCCCGGCACCGGUGCGCUCCUGCCUCAUUACCCAGCCGGCUGCAGGGGGGGCCUGAGGAGCGGCCGCUCCGACCCCAGCCAGCCGGACGGGCCCCGGGGCCCCUGCCCUCCCCGCUCAGCCUGGGAAACGGGCGCCCGGGCCCCGCGGCAGCAAAGCCGAGCCCCCCACCGUGCCCCCCAGGCCUGUGCGGGGGGUCGGGGGGGGCCGCCUGUCAAAGGCCCGGGCGCCGACCAGAGACGGUAUCGCGGCAGCUCGGCGGAGGCCGGACGUCCACGACCGACUCACACGCCUCAGCCUGA